AUGUCGGCGAACCUAUUCGCAAAUCAGUUCAAUAUCGCCCUCAACCGAGAUGCUGCCAAAGCAGUGCUUAAUCGAUCAACAGAAUUCCUAAAGUUUACUGUCGUACCUUCACACACAGCGCAAAGUAUAAAAUACUCAGCACUAGGCCUGAAGAAUGUUGGAGGGCAUUGCCUAGAAAAGCGAAUUCUCGGCUUCAACUGCCGUGAGGACCCCCUCAGAAUCGUCGCAAACAACGUCUCGUUAGACGGUCAAUACUCUGGCAAAGCGUAUCCGAUGCCCGACUUGACCGCGUUCUUAUGUGCGCUUAUUCCCAAAUAUAUGGAAGGUAUGGGGUUCAAAUUGAGAUUCAUAGAAGUCAAUGAGAAGAAUUCCAAUGGCGCACUUCUCUUUAGACGUUCUGAUAAGGGGAUUGAAAUGUACGACUGGAGCGAUAGCGACGAGGGGAAAAUAUUGACGGAGACUGAGGUGACGGGAGUCUUUGAAGCAACAGCAAAAGGUGGAGAGCUGCUGGUGUAA